AUGAACAGUCAGGAAAGUGUGGCAGGAUGCCACCUGGACGACGUCCAUGAAAACCACGCCUGUCCCAAACCCUUCGCCGCUUCUAAAUCCAUCGACCUUAUUCUCCAAUCUUUCUGGAAGGACGAAGUCAGGGUGGACGAUACCAGAAUGGCAAGCUAAAUUAUCUUUAAGAAACCGUUAUACCUCCUGAGUAGUUUUAGGCUAGGUUCUGUAUUUAUUUAUAGUCAUUAAAAUAUUAGCUACACCUGUGCUCGAGACAUGUAGGCUGGCUAACAUAUCCCAGGCUUUGAAUUGAACUUGCUGGUGAUGAUGCUCGUGGAUCAUGACUGUUCUGGGACUGAUGUUCGGUUGGUUUGUCAUCUCAACAAGGGUAUGAGGAUUCAACCAGGGAUGUGCAGCGGAGGGACCGAGCAGCAACGAGGAUGUAAAACUGGAGACGUCAACGAAAAUAUUGUUUGUCUGCAAUCUCAGGAUGAAACGGGACGGGUGUGUCCUGGAAGCCCAGCACUAGCGACAGACACGCGGCUAUCCUCCUGUUCCACAGCAGGUAAAGUCCAAAGAAAGCAUUGUAUAUUUAUUCUAUAAGGUUUUCAAGGUAGGCUACAAGAGAUGAAUGAAGACAAACGAAUAAUGUAUCCCCUUCACACAGGAGCGCUUAUAUCUGAUUCUGAAGUGUUGGUGCAUGUGUGGUGAUACAAUGUAGCUAAGUUUACAGUGCGCAUACAAUUUACACUAACAUCCCACAUUAACUUUAAAUUAACAAUUUAAGAGCAGCCAUAAGAAAGCACAUAGAUGCUUAAUAUAAAUCAUGUAUAGUCCUGAUGUAGCCUACAUGUGAUUGUUUUUCUAUAGGCCCCACUCUGAGAGUUAUUAAACAUGACAUUUUUUAUUUCCCUUGAUGACCCAGAUUUAAUUGGUUAUUUCUCAGCUCAUCAGCCAUAGGUUUCAGGGUUGAUUUUUCAUUUGACUGGGUGACCCUCAUAAUCUUAGCCAGCAAAGCUGCUCCCUAUUCACAUUCAUCCAUUAUGGAGAGUCAUUGACAUGCAUGCACACCAGUAUUCCAAUAUGACACCAAGUGUGGAAAUACAAGAUGUGAGUCUUUUAAACCUUUUGCAUCAUGUUAUCUGAAGUAGGCCUAAGUAAUUGUUUGUAAAUGUUGGCACCCUUUCCCCUCAAUAUAAUUAGCGAAGUUUCCAAAAUGUGAAUGCAUUUUUGCUAAUAAAUGACUAUUGCAUCUUUUGAGCAGUCUGACUCAACAUAGGUCUUGUAGUGGACGUGGAGACAGUAUUGCAUUUUAGGACCAAUUGAGUGUGCCUUUACUUUAGACACAUGUUGGAUAGUUAGGCAAAAUGUUUUCAGAGUGGCGACAACAAACAUCCCCCUGAAUGAAAUAAAUGUAUCUCUGAGUACAGUAUCGAUUAUAUUGCAGCACUUUCCCCAUCCCAGACACAAAAGUCUGUCCAAAAAAUAGACGUUAUUUAUUUAGUAAGCUUCAGCAGCCUCUGGCAAGAUUUAGCUCCUCCAUAAAAGCGAAUCGAACCAAUGGGGGUGUUUUUGUCUUCUGCUCUAAAACACAAAAAUGUCCUCCAAGAAACGCUGAAGCUGUAAAUUGACUACUGUGUGUGACCUUGCAUGAUUUUUUCUGCGAUAAAUCCAGGUUAUCUGGGGUGAAUGAAAAUGUCCUUGAAGGUUGAGUGUGAUGUGAGAGUAGCUCUGUUCAAGGGGAACCAAUGAUGAUGUUGUCUUUCCAGACCGUGAACCAAGCAGUGGCAGUUACAACGUCUCCACUGGAACUGGAACCUUUUACAGCUGCGUCAGUCAGAUCACCAUCGGUAAUUGCACUUUACAGAAUGUCUUACCCUAUAUCCAAAAGAGACCGCAAGGGGAGGCUAUUGUCACGAUCGUUAUAUGGAGUAGACCAAUGCGCAGAGUUAGUUGCAAACAUAUUAUUUAUUUAAUGAAUGCACGAACAAAACAACAAAACGAAAACGUGACGUCCUCGGUAUAACACAACCGACACGGCAACAAACCAAAACGGAACAAGAUCCCACAAACACAAAGGGAAAACCGACAGUUGAAAUAUGGCUCCCAAUCAGAGACAACCAGCAACAGCUGACACUCGUUGCCUCUGAUUGGGAGCCACUCUGGCCAACAUAGAAAUAGCACCCAUAGAAUACACCAUAGAACAAAAACACAUAGAACUUACACACCCUGGCUCAACAUAUAGAGUCCCCAGAGCCAGGGUGUGACAGUACCACCCCCCCCAAAGGCGCGGACUGCGACCGCGCCUGAACAUCAACAAACCAGGGGAGGGCUGGGUGGGCAUUCCUCCUCGGAGGCGGUUCCGGCUCCGGGCUAGACCACCACCCUCUAAUAAUCCCCCCGUAGCGCCCCUGGUCCGGUCUGGCCCCGCUGGCUGGAGCUGAACUGGACAUCGUAGGAGCGGAUAGCUUCAGCUCCGGUGUGGAGCAGCUGACCGGUACCUGACCAGGCACCGGUGACCCAGGCACGGGUUGUGCCGGACUGACGACGCACACCCCUGGCUUGGUGCGUGGAGCAGGAACGGGCCGGACCGGGCUGACGAUGCGCACCCCUGGCUUGGUGCGUGGAGCAGCUACGGGCCGGACCGGGCUGACAAUGCGCACCCCUGGCUUGGUGCGUGGAGCCGGAACGGGCCUUACCGGGCUGACGACUCGCACCCCUGGCUUGGUGCGUGGAGCAGCAACGGGCCGGACCGGGCUGACGAUGCGCACCCCUGGCUUGGUGCGUGGAGCCGGAACGGGCCUUACCGGGCUGACGACUCGCACCCCUGGCUUGGUGCGUGGAGCAGCAACGGGCCGGACCGGGCUGACGAUGCGCACCCCUGGCUUGGUGCGUGGAGCAGGAACGGGCCUUACCAGGCUGACGUCUCGCACCCCUGGCUUGGUGCGAGUAGCAGGAACAGGCCGGGCCGGGCUGGCGACGCGCACCGUAGGCUUGGUGCGAGUGGCAGGAACAGGCCGGGCCGGGCCGGCGACGCGCACCGUAGGCUUGGUGCGAGUAGCAGGAACAGGCCGGGCCGGGCUGGCGACGCGCACCGUAGGCUUGGUGCGAGUGGCAGGAACAGGCCGGGCCGGGCUGGCGACGCGCACCGUAGGCUUGGUGCGAGUGGCAGGAACAGGCCGGGCCGGGCUGGCGACGCGCACCGUAGGCUUGGUGCGAGUGGCAGGAACAGGCCGGGCCGGGCUGGCGACGCGCACCGUAGGCUUGGUGCGAGUGGCAGGAACAGGCCGGGCCGGGCUGGCGACGCGCACCGUAGGCUUGGUGCGAGUGGCAGGAACAGGCCGGGCCGGGCUGGCGACGCGCACCGUAGGCUUGGUGCGAGUGGCAGGAACAGGCCGGGCCGGGCUGGCGACGCGCACCGUACACUUGGUGCGAGGAGCAGGAACAGGCCGGGCCGGGCUGGCGACGCGCACCGUACACUUGGUGCCAGGGGCAGGAACAGGCCGGACCGUACUGGGAACACACACCACUGGCCUUAAACGGGAAUCAGGAACGGGCCGGACCGGACUGGCAAUACACCUCAGUACCUCUCGCCGCGCCUCUACAUCUUCCUUCCCUCCUCUCACCAAUGGCUCCCGUAACCUGGUGGCCUUCUGAAUUCGCCCCUUGUCUGCCUCCGUCAGCCCCGUCGUCCAUGCCCUGUGCCCCCCCCUAAAAAUGUUUUGGGGUUGCCUCUCGUCCGUCCGACGACGACACUGAUUACGCCGUUGCUCCUCUCUCCGUCACGCCUCUACCGUCUCCUUCCAUGGCCGGCGAUCCAUCCCGGCCUGGAUUUCCUCCCAGGUCCAGGACCCCUGCCCGUCCAAGAUCUGCUCCCACGUCCAGGCUGCCUGCUCCUGGACACGCUGCUUGGUCCAGUGUUGGUGGGAUCUUCUGUCACGAUCGUGAUAUGGAGUAGACCAAUGUGCAGCGUUAGUUGCAAACAUAUUAUUUAUUUAAUGAAUGCACGAACAAAACAACAAAAAGAAAACGUGACGUCCUCGGUAUAACACAACCGACACGGCAACAAACCAAAACGGAACAAGAUCCCACAAACACAAAGGGAAAACAGACAGUUGAAAUAUGGCUCCCAAUCAGAGACAACCAGCAACAGCUGACACUCGUUGCCUCUGAUUGGGAGCCACUCUGGCCAACAUAGAAAUAGCACCCAUAGAAUACACCAUAGAACAAAAACACAUAGAACUUACACACCCUGGCUCAACAUAUAGAGUCCCCAGAGCCAGGGUGUGACAGCUAUAUUUGGUUUGGUGGGAAAAAGUCACGCUGAAACUUUCAGAAAUGUGUGGAAAAUAGACCCUGUGUGAAAACGGUGACCAAGCCAAGAAAUCAACCAAAAAUAAGUCUAUCCUUUAUCAGGUAGAAGUACACAAGAGCCAAUAUCAUGCAUAUUUUAUACCUGCACAUGAACAAUUCCUCAGGUGCUGUAUGUGGAGUUCUUGACAAUGAAAUUGAUAUAGAGUAGCCUAGAUAAAAAGCUAAUGUUAAUGGCUGCAUGGAUGAGUUUUUGACCAAGCACAAGUCGUUCACAGAUUGAUCAUUCUAAAUGUAGCCCACAUGCUUUACCUUGAGACAAAUCAAUAGCCUUCCUCAAAAAGCUACCUUCAGAGGAGUCAAUAUACCGCCUGGACGAGCGUGAUUUAAAAGCUUUCCCCAUUGUUUGGCCAGAAUAGGGUAAUCAGCAUUAGUAUGGGUCCCCUAAAGCACUAAUGGAAGAUCAGUCUCCCCUAAUUCAACCCUAACGGUUUGUUCUAGUCUUUACUGUAGUAAGUGCUGUUGAAAAUUGGAAAUGAAUAAGCGUAUUAUAACCAUGGACAAUUCCUGGAUUACAAGCAAAUGGUGUUCUAAAGUGAUGAUCUACAUCUAAUCAAAUUUAUUGAAUUGAUUUAUUGAUGCAGAAUAUUAGCCUGGUCAAACAUACUGACUGCUGCACUCACCAUUGUUUGACUUCACUUAUUGACCAGGCCAGCUGAUCACAGCCCAUGAUGAAUCCAGAUACACUUCUAUUUUACUGUAAACAAAUUGACAACAGACUUUCAGCAUGGGCUAUGAGGUCGAAGGAGUUGUCCGUAGAGCUCAGAGACAGGAUUGUGUCGAGGCACAGAUCUGGGGAAGGGUACCAACACAUUUCUGUAGCAUUGAAGGUCCCCAAGAACACAGUGGCCUCCAUCAUUCUUAAACGGAAGAAGUUUGGAACCACCAAGACACUUCCUAGAGCUGGCCACCCGGCCAAACUUAGCAAUCGGGGGAGAAGGGCCUUCGUCCGGGAGGUGACCAAGAACCCGAUGGUCACUCUGACAGAGCUUCAGAGUUCCUCUGUGGAGAUGGGAAAACCUUCCAGAAGGACAACCAUCUCUGCAGCACUCUACCAAUCAGGCCUUUAUGGUAGAGUGGCCAGACGGAAGCCACUCCUCAGUAAAAGGCACAUAACAGCCUGCUUGGAGUUUGCCAAAAGGCACCUAAAGGACUCUCAGACCAUGAGAAACAAGAUUCUCUGGUGUGAUGAUACCAAGAUUGAACUCUUUGGCCUGAAUGCCAAGCGUCACGUCUGGAGGAAACCUGGCACCAUCCCUAGGGUGAAGCAUGGUGGUGGCAGCAUCAUGCUGUGGGGAUGUUUUUCAGCGGCAGGGACUGGGAGACUAGUCAGGAUCGAGGGAAAGAUGAACGGAGCAAAGUACAGAGAGAUCCUUGAUGAAAACCUGCUCCAGAGCACUCAGGACCUCAGACUGGGGUGAAGGUUCACCUUCUAACAGGACAACGACCCUAAGCACACAGCCAAGACAAUGCAGGAGUGGCUUUGGGACAAGUCUCUGAAUAUCCUUGAGUGGCACAGCCAAAGCCCGGAUAUGAACCCCAUCGAACAUCUCUGGAGAGACCUGAAAAUAGCUGUGCAGCGACGCUCCCCAUCCAACCUGACAGAGCUUGAGAGGAUCUGCAGAGAAGAAUGGGAGAAACUCCCCAAAUACUGGUGUGCCAAGCUUGUAGCAUCAUACCCAAGAAGACUUGAUGCUGUAAUCGCUGCCAAAGGUGCUUCAACAAAGUACUGAGUGAAGGGUCUGAAUACUUAUGUAAAUGUGAUAUUUCCAUUUUUUUUUUUUAUAAAUUAGCAAAAUUUAUAACAACCUGUUUUUGCUUUGUCAUUAUGGGGUAUUGUGUGUAGAUUGGUGAGGGGGAAAAAACAAUUUAAUCACUUUUAGAAUAAGGCUGUAACGUAACAAAAUGUGGAAUAGGUCAAGGGGUCUGAAUAUUUUCUGAAGACACUGUGUGGUAGUCGAGUAGUGGCCUGAGGGAACACACUUAAUGUGUUGUGAAAAGUGUUAGGAAAUGUAAUUUCAUGUAAUAUGUUGCCUUAAUGCAACAUUAUAUAUAUAUAUAUAUAUAUAUUUUAUAUUUUUAUAUUUGUGUAUUGUUGUGAAUUGUUAGAUACUACUGCACUGUUGGAGCUAGGAACACAAGCAUUUCACUACAAUAUGUGAAUGUGACCAAUACAAUUUGAUUUGAUUUAAUGUUGCUGGACCCCAGAAAGAGUAGCUGCUGCAUAAUGGGGAUCCUUAGUAAAUACCAAAUAAUACAAAUCUAGCCCAAUUCUAGGCACCUGCAUUGUAGUGUACCUUGGUCCCUCUAAGAGGCAGGAAGUGCUGGCGGUGGGGAUCUGGGCCUCACGUUCCUCAGAGAGCUAGGCAGGGCAUUUUUUUGUGAUGACUGCGACAGAGAUGUUGCUUAGAACACACUGUAUCAUUCAAACGGCUCGUUGCAUGGAUGGUUUUAGAGGACACCCUGAAGCACACGCAGGUGGUGUGGAUUACCUUGUAUGCUAUAGCAUUUCAAGUGGUAUACAGUUGCAAUGGCAAUGGAGAUUGAGAUUUCCCAGGGACCCACUACGUUUGCAAUGAUAAGAAUAAAGAUUUAUGUUAAUGAAUAAAUAGUAGUAAUAAAGUUGCCACCCGAAGAAGCUAAACUUUUUUCCUACAUUAAUUACAUUUUAGCACUUGCUUCAGUGUAAUAUAUACCCUUCUAUAAAAAUGCAAUGAAUAAUGUAUUACUGUCUACUGAUGCUUUACACAGCAUUAAUACGAAGGCUGCUAGCAACACCAAAUACAAAGUGCCCCUGGUUCCUGGUCUCCAAAUGUAUGUUUUGAGAUGUCCUGUGUAGACCAAGCAGAAAUGCGUCCAGCUGCCAGAUUCAUGCUCUGUCUUAUUGAGCGUACUGUGCUUCUUUCUCAGUUAAAGAUUUGCUGCUGAUGUGUACUAAAAGUAUGUGGAUACCUGCUCGUCGAACAUUCAUUCCAAAAUCAUGGACAUUAAUAUGGAGUCGGUCCCCUCUUUGCUGCUAUAAUAGCCUCCAUUCUUCUGGGAAGGCUUUCCACUAGAUUUUGGAACAUUGCUGUGGGGACUUCCUUCCAUUUAGUCACCAGCAUUAGUGAGGUCGGGCAAUGAUGUUGGGCAAUUAGGCCGGCUCGCAGUCGGCAUUCCAAUUAAUCCUGAAGGUGUUCGAUGGGGGUUGAGGUCAGGGCUCUGCAAGCCAGUCAAGUUCUUCCACACCGAUCUCGACCAAACAUUUCUGUAUGGACCUCACUUUGUGCACGGGAGCAUUGUCAUGCUGAAACAUGAAAGGGCCUUCUCCAAACUGUUGCCACAAAGUUGGAAGCACAGAAUCGUCUAGAAUGUCAUUGUAUGCUGUAGCGUUAAGAUGUCCCUUCACUGGAACGAAGGGCCUAGCCCGAACCAUGAAAAACAGCCUUAGACCAUUAUUCCUGCUUCACCAAACUUUACAGUUGGCACUAUGCACCCAGGCAGGUAGCGUUCUCCUGGCAUCCGCCAAACCCAGAUUCAUCCGUCGGACUGCCAGACAGUGAAGCUUGAUUCAUCACUCCAGAGAACGCGUUUCCACUGCUCCAGAAUCCAAUGGCUGCGAGCUUUACACCACUCCAGCCCACACUUGGCAUUGCGCAUGGUGAUUUUAGGAUUGUGUGGGGCUGCUCGGCCAUGGAAACCCAUUUCAUGAAGCUCCCAACAAACAGUUAUUGUGCUGACGUUGCUUCUAGAGGCAGUUUGGAACUCGGUAAUGAGUGUUGCAACCAAUGUCAGACAAUUUAUACACGCUACGUGCUUCAGCACUCUGUGGUCCCGUUCUGUGAGCUUGUGUGCCCUACCACUUCACGGCUGAGCCGUUGUUGCUCCUAGACGUUUCCACUUCACAAUAACAGCACUUACAGUUGACCGGGGAAACUCUAGCAGGGCAGAAAUUUGACCAGCUGACUUGUUGGAAAGGUGGCAUCCUAUGACAGCGCCACUUUGAAAGUCACUGAGCUCUUCAGUAUGGGCCAUUCUACUGCCAAUGUUUGUCUGUGGAGAUUGCAUGGACGUGUGCUCGAUUUUAUACACCUGUCAGCAACGGGUGUGGCUGAAAUAGCCGGAUCCACUAAUUUGAAGUAGUGUAUCUUAUAAAUGUGCUGGGGUAGUGUCUCCAGAAAAGCUAAAGAAGGCUUCCCUCCUCUCUGUGGUGUGCUGCCUGUUGAGCCUGGACAGAGGGAGAGAGAGACAUCUUCCCUCCUCUCUGUGGUGUGCUGCCCGUUGAGCCUGGACAGAGGGAGAGAGAGACAUCUUCCCUCCUCCCUGUGGUGUGCUGCCUGUUGAGCGUGGACAGAGGGAGAGAGACAUCUUUCCUCCUCUCUGUGGUGUGCUGCCUGUUGAGUAUGGACAGAGGGAGAGAGACAUUUGUGUUCAUACAAUGUCUUUAGGAUUGUUGGGUUUGUUGGCAACCUUCCUGUGGUAUGCUUCAAAAGCAAAGUCAAUUUCAUAAAGUAAACUCAGUUAAAUCAAUUCAAGUUAAAUGUACACUAUGCAGCACGCUAUCAAUGUUACUAUAUUUUUCUUUGAAGGAAUUUUAUUUAUUUAAUUCUACAGCUUUUACAGAAUUUACGGACUUCCACAAAGGUGCUUGCAGGUGGAAAUGUUGCACAACACACCUUUUAAUAUAGAUUUAGUUGUCAACCGUCAAAACAUAGUUUUUGUCAUAAGUAGCUUCCUCAUACUUAGUUAUGAUACUUCCCAAGAUGUAUGUGGAAGUAGACCACUCACAAACGAGGAACGGAGAUGGACUCAUCAGACAAGGGAAAGGACAGUCAUGGAGUUGGCAAAAUCAACCACUAGAGAGCAGCAUUGUUAUGGACAUAGCCACCCCAUUUUUCCUUUUGAACUGGGAGAGCGAAAUAUGUCAGCAUUUUGCUAAAUUGCUUAAACUAGGGAAGCAGAACCCUGCAUUUCUGAGAUAUGGGAAAUGUAAUUGUUAGUGGAAACUCACUCCUCCAGAGAGCAACAACCUUAGUUUCAUUAUGAAACAGGAAAUUAUUUUAUUAAUAUCACUAAUUUCCCUUUUCAAGGAAUAGGAUUUUUCUGCAAUGUCUGACUUUCUGGGAACUAUUCAAUAUCAAGGAUUUUCAAAGAACCCUGACAUUGCUAUAAGAGAAAUUGACUAAGUAUGCAAGUUGCAAGGACAAUUACAAUCACAUUACAAAAACAAUCACAUUCGCAUGCUUUCCAUGGUUAUGUGCUAUAGGAGGGGAGUCUUGAGAAACUCUUUCAGUCUGAGAUAUUAAUAUUCCCUACAGGGUUUGAUCUCGGGGGCCAAGUGGCCAUUGGUAUCUCCCAUUGGAAGAGUCCAUUCCCUCCCAGAGGUCACCCCCUGUGUGACAGUCCUGAUGGGGUUCGCUCCGAGGCCUCCGCCGCCGCGGCUCCGCAACUCCCUGAGUACCCAGAGCCAGUGUCCUGUCCUGCCUCCCUGUCAAUCAACCCUGUAUCAUCCCACUGCAGCGCCAGCCAGGAGACCAUCAGCGACAGCCAGGAGACCAUCAGCGACAGCAGCACAAGUAAGGUUUCACCUUUCAACUUUGAACCCUGACUUCAUUCUAAUUUCAGCCAUGUGGUUUGGUCCCUAAGAAGCCAGUCUAGAAACGGCUUAUCCUGCCAAAGCUCAGAACCUUUGCCGUUGACAGUAAUCGGUGUAGAUGGCAGUAGUGAGAGCCAUCAGGAGAUGUAUACUGAACGAAAAUAUAAAUGCAACAUGCAACAAUUUCAUUGAUUUUACUGAGUUACAGUUCAUAUAAGGAAUAGAGUCAUAUAUUUGUGUUUAUAUUUGUGUUUACAGAGUUUAUAUUUGUGUUCAGUAUAGAUGUGAUAAUGACAGUAGUGUCUGUGCUUUUGUGAGUUAGGCCAGUACAGUGUUUAUCAGUGCCAAUGGUGAUGAGUCAUAUCGAGUCAGUCUGUUGGUUCUGAGUUACACAUAAGAGAGUAUCCUGGAAUCACAUUAUAGGAUGAACACACCUGGGUCGUUCCAUGUCAUUUCAGCAAGCCAUGACACCCACUACCUCAGAUUGUUCUGAAAUUGUUUCUUUAGUUAGAAACAGAUAAGAUGUCCUGCAACAUUAUUUUUUGAAAUAUAAUUUUUUGAAAAUCAUUUGAUAUCUGAGACAUUAAGCUAAUGGAUUGCACCCAAAUUGGCCAUUUUUUAUUUAUUGGAUUCAUAUAGUACCUAACAUCCGAUUUGGACCCAACUUUUUUCUAACAAUGAGUAAGACAUGAGGAAUCCAAAGAAAUAGUCAUAAGCCACCAACGGGGUCCCCACGCCAAUCCCACCCCAAUAAUGAGUAUAAAGUAUCAGUUCUCUGACUGACAAGUAGUAUGGAGCUGCGGCUCUGAGUAUUGUUUCUUCAUCCUAUGUAAUGUAUUCUCAGUAAAUUUGGUGAUGUUUUUUUUCCCCUGUUCAGAGAAAUGUGUCAUUGAAGUUUGAUAGGUAUAUGUCCCAUCCUACAUCCUUUUAUUACCAGGUUCUUACCACUAGAUUGUUAAUGCUAUGAAUUGACUUUUUUUUUAAGAAUCCCCCUCCCCCUCAAUGUUAAAGGGAUAUUUCACCCAAAUUACAAAAAAAUAUAUAUAUAUCCUUACCCUGUAAGCAGUCUAUGGACAAGGUAUGACAGCAAUCCAUGCUUUGGUUUUAUUUACCUUGUGUGACUGUCCUUAUCUAUCAGUGUAUCAGUGUUUUGUUACUUGUCAUGUUUUGUAUUUUUUGUGGACCCCAGGAAGAGUAGCUGUGACUUCUGCAAAAGCUAAUGGGGAUUAUAAUAAACAAACAAACCUGGCCACUAUUUCAAAUGCUAACUUUUUAGCAUUUGUGGCACAAAUCCAAUGCAAGUCAAUGGUACCUAUAUUAGCAUUUUCGCGCUUCAUGUCCAAAUCAUCUAUAAGUAACAUCAUUGAGUUACACAAUCCAUUUUGUGUUACUUUAGGAUCAUUUGGAUAUGAAGUGUGAAAAUGCUAAUAUAGGUACUAUUGACUUGCAUUGGAUUUCUGACACAAAUGCUAAAAAGUUAGCAUUGAAACAGUGGCCAACAAAUCAAAGCAUGGGUUGCUGACAUACCUUGUCCAUAGACUGCUUACAGGGUAAGGAAACCAAUAUGUAAUUUUGUAAUUUGGGUGAACUAUCCCUUUAACAUUUAUGGGGGGGAUUCUUCAAUAUUUUCUCACCUAAUAGCAGGAACAGCACCAUCUAGUGGUCAGAACCUGGUGAUAUCCGGAUGUAGGAUGGGACAUAAACCUAACAACUUCAAUGACUAAUUUCUCUGAACAGGGGAAAAAAAACAUCAACAAAUUCUCUGGGAAUACAUUACAUAGGAUGAAGAAACAAUACUCAGAGCCGCAGCUCCAUACUACUUGUCAGACAUAGAGAACUGAUACUAUAUACAUUUUCGUACAUUUUACAUUUGAGUUAUUUAGCAGACGCUCUUAUCCAGAGCGACUUACAGGAGCAUUAGGGUUAAGUGCCUUGCUCAAGGGCACAUCGACAGAUUUUUUACCUAUUUGACUCUGGGAUUUGAACCAGCGACCUUUCAGUUACUGGCCUAACGCUACCUGCUGCUAGGCUACCUGCCACCUCUAUAUACUAGUUGAUGGGGUGGGAUUGGCAUGGGUGUGGGUGAUCCGUGAGUGGCUUUUGAACAUUUCUUUGGACAACUCAUUGUUAGUAAAAAAGUUUAUUAGGUACUAUAUUUAUUGAAUAUUAUAUGAAUCCUAAACAUUGAAAAUGGCCAAUUUGGGUGCAAUCAAUUAGCUUAAUUUUUCAGAUCAAAUUAUAUUUCAACAAAAGAAUGUUGCAGGAAUGCUAAUCUUAUCUGUUUCUAACAACCAAAACAAUUUCAGAACUUUUUGAGGUGGAACGACCCACCUCUGACCUUUUGAAAUAAUAUGUGGAGGCUUUCCACUUUAUUGGUUGACUGUGGAUCUAAAUAUGUGUCAAUAUUAGAAUGGAAUAUUUGAAACACCAUACUGUACGUCACAAAAUCUAACAAUGCUGGAAAUAAUUCAGUGCUGAAACAAAUAUGAUUGUUACACACACACACACACACACACACACAGUGCAUUUCUGGUUAGCACACUGUGUUCCAGUUGGAUCCUGCAUGAAAACUAACAAAUUGUUAAAAUAGUGUUACUAACAUGGUAAAGCGUACAGCAGACUUUUGAAAACACACUUUUGGAAAGCAGCCAGCUAUUAUAUAUGUAGGGUUUGUUUAAUUUGCAGUAGCGUGACACUCACUCUGAGUAUUGCAUGCAAGUAGAGUGACUAAUGGUAGAAUUCUCUAAGGGAUUCCUCCUUUAAAAGAUACACACUGUAUUUGUGAAUGUGCAUUUGUGUGAGGUGCUGGCUUUUAAAGAACACAUUGACACCCAGAGCAGCAACAACUGUCAUUCCUUUGGUCAACAACGACACUGAUACAGCCAGCCCUGCUCCGAUUGGCUACCCUCAAAGCUCCUCUCCCACGGAUUGGCUGACGGGUUGACUGAUAAAGAAUACUGAUUGUCUUGCAGCUCUCUAGCUCUCCCCCCUCGCUCUCUCCCUCUCUGCAUAAACAUUCUGCUUGUAUUUUUCCCUGAGAGAGGAUCUAAGCUGGUCUCCAUCUGUUUCUUCCUGAGCUUUGCCUCGUGCCGACUGGACAGAGGUUUAUAUAAUCUGAGGGAUGUUUUGAGGAUGAGCGGAGUGUGUGUUUCACUGUGAGUGUGUGUGUGUGUGAGAGCGUGCGGGAGCUCAGGAGCUAGAGCAGAGUGCUGCGGUGCUCGGGAGUGGAGGUAAAUAUUGUGAAUGCAGCUGAUCGCCUCUGCAGAAGGUCGUUUUCCUUUUCCCGCUGCGGGGUCUUUAGUACCGGAGCCAAGUUUUGCUAGUUGUAGCUACUGUAGUGCUUGUGGAGCCUCCACUGGGGCGGCCCCGGGGCUGUGUUGUCCUCUCCUCCUGUUGCCCUCUGAGGGGUUGAAGCUCUCCCCCGCUCCACCUCGCAUGGUGAGUGCUGCAGGCAACUUGUUUUAGACCCACAGCAGUGUUUUUUUCUCUGUAGUGGUUUUGCUGCAGUGAUUCUCUCUCUCUCUGUCGUUCUCUCUCCCCCUCUCUCUCUCUCUCUCUCUCUCUCUCUCUCUCUCUCUCUCUCUCUCUCUCUCUCUCUCUCUCUCAAUGACCCACAUGUACUCUUCUCCUUUUACUGUCUAUUUUCUCUGUUCUCUUUUCAUACUGUUGUGUUCCUGAACCAUACAGGCGUUUGACCUUCACACACAUACACACACUCUCUCUCCCUCUUUCUCCCAUCUCUCCUUAGCUCCCGUUCCCCCCUUCUCUCUCUCUCUCCCCGUAUCGCCCUCCCACACGGUUUCACUACGGGGGUUGUAAAUGAGCUGUGUGUCCUAAGUGUAGCACUCCUCCAUUAUGCAUGGUUCAGGGAAGGAGAAGUGGGUCAGGGAUCAGUGGAGACACUGUGUGUCCGUGCUCCGUUGCCCGUCUGGCAGGCGUGAAACGGCCAUUGUGUUGCCCUGGGGCCUGACGGAGCCUGGAGGUCUGUUGUCCCCUGACUGUGCUGAUGUAGUGGUCCAGAACCAUCCUCUGUCUUCCUGAUUCCUGGUCGCCAUGGCAACCCCCCCCCCCACCCCCCCACCCCCACCCCCACCCAACCACCCCCACACCCUUUUUUUUUUCUUUUUUUUUCGCUCAGUUACCCAACCAGCUAGCCUUCUGUGAGCUGUCAUGCUAAGGCAAGGUUAUGUCAUAUGAAAUGAGGAGGUAUUAGUGAUCUCAUUAAGGAAUACUUUUUCGCAAGAAGGAUUUCUCUACUGACAAUCAUCAGUGGCUUAUGAUUCAGGGUUACAAAUCAACUAGCUAUACUGUUAUACUGUAAAAUAUUUUGUUCAGUUCAAAAGUCGUUGUCGCAGCAUAACUAGCAGUUCAUACACUUGCAAAUGGGAGACAACAUCUUAAUAUGGUGGUUCAAAAAAGUUUUAUUGUACCCAAGAAUGUAAUGCAAUGUAACUCACCAUUGUUGCAUCAGUGGGAGCCUGGAAGCCCUGGGCUUGUUUCCUGCUUCCUGAUGCAUGGAGAAGUCCGCUAACUAUCUAUUUGAAAGCCAAAGGAAACUAGAGGGCUUCUAACUUUGACUAUUUAUUAUAAUAAUAAUAAUAAUAUGCCAUUUAGCAGACGCUUUUAUCCAAAGCGACUUACAGUCAUGUGCGCAUACAUUUUUACGUAUGGGUGGUCCCCGGGGAUCGAACCCACCACCCUGGCGUUACAAGCGCCAUGCUCUACCAAUUGAGCUACAGAGGACCACAUUCCAUUCUAACCUUACUUCUGAUUCAAAUAUUCUCAUGUAGCCUAGAUUGUUGGGUUAAUCAGUGUCUGACUGGGUAUCAUGCAACAUUGGCUGUAGUCUGUCCUGUUCAACAGCUCUAGAUUAUUAUUAUUAUUACAUAUAUUUUACCCCCUUUUUCUCCCCAAUUUCGAUCUUGUCUCAUCGCUGCAACACCAGGGUUGUGGGUUUGAUUCCCACGUGGGACCAGUACGGGAAAAGUACGAAAAUGUAUGCACUCACUACUGUAAGUUGCUCGGGCUAAGAGUGUCUGCUAAAUGACUAAAGUGUAUGUGUGCUGCUGCCCAGUGGUCAUUCAGAGGCAACAAAACCACUGUCGUUAAUUAUUGAUGAAUUUCUGUUUCUCUAUGGACACCUAGGCUUCUAUCAUCUGUCAUAGAUCAACCUAAUGGUCUAUUAGUAGGCCAAUCAUCUUGUCAUGUUCAAUAUUUGUAAUUUUCCAGGGUAUAGUCUACUGACUAGUUAAUAUAAAGCAUGUAGAGACAUAACCUUUUAUAAAGUAUAUCUUAAAUGUAAAGUGUUUUCUCAAUGUUGUGACUUGUGCUUAAUUUUGAACUUAGAGGGUACUGUGGUAGUCAUAGAAACAGCAUGAAAUAAACCUUGCGUUUGGAAUUAGCAGGUCAUUGGAUUUUGAUGGGCACAGAUUUAAUUUUAAAGUGUGCAAAUGAUAUGCUUUGAUAUGUAAAUUCACACCGGCAGAGCUACAUUAGACAACUCUUUCAAAUGUAAUGUUAUUAUGGAAGGAAUCAAUCUAUUUCUAUAGUGCCCUAGCUUUUAUCACUCACAUCUCCUUUGGGGCUGCUCUAACCUCUACUCGCGCUAUAAAAUACCUCCUAGCCGCUGACGGUUGAGUGAAACGUUUAUUACAACCCAAGUCACAGAGUGAAGCCGACCAUCGAUUUCAGGAGGAAAGAGUUAAUGGUGGUUUUAUUACCUGCUGCUAUAUCAAUACCUCAGCCACUGCGGAAGGGCGCGAGCGUUGAGCGUUCUCCCUCCCUCUCCUUCUCUGUAUGUCUGGGGCUCAGCAGAAAGAUUCUGCUGAGUUGCGGAGCUGUCACAAAGGGAAAUUCAGCGUUCAGGCCAUCGACGACCUUCCCCAGAGACAAGGCUCGUCAGAAUGAAGAGUGGGUCACAGACCUCUUCAGAGGGGUUGUUGUUAGCCUCCUCACUAGGCCAUGUUAGAUAAUGGCUCCUCUCAGCGGGCGCACAGAAUCACUUCAGGGCACACCAUUUCUUUCUCUGAUCAAUUGCAUUAGUAUAAAAAACAUUUGGGCAAACAAUAUAGCUCAGUAUUUGUAUUUAUUUUAUACAGUCUUUUUUGCUCAUCUUUAUUAAGGGUGUCAAUAAUUUCAGACCCGACUGUAUAGAGAUAAAUACAGUACCAGUCAAGAGUUUGGACACACCUACUCAUUCAAGGGUUUUUCUUUAUUUUUACUAUUUUCUACAUUGUAGAAUAAUACAUAUGGAAUCAUGUAGUAACCAAAAAAGUGUUAAACAAAUCAAAAUAUAUUUUAUAUUUGAGAUUCUUCAAAAUAGCCACCCUUUGCCUUGAUGACAGCUUUGCACACUCUUGGCAUUCUGGAAACCUGGAAUGCUUUUCCAACAGUCUUGAAGGAGUUCCCACAUAUGCUGAGCACUUGUUGGCUGCUUUUCCUUCACUCUGCGGUCCAACUCAUCCCAAACCAUCUCAAUUGGGUUGAGGUCGGGUGAUUGUGGAGGCCAGGUCAUCUGAUGCAGCACUCCAUCACUCUCCUCUGUGGUCAAAUAGCCCUUACACAGCCUGGAGGUGUGUUGGGUCAUUGUCCUGUUGAAAAACAAAUGAUAGUCCCACUAAGCCCAAACCAGAUGGGAUGGCAUAUCGCUGCAGAAUGCUGUGGUAGCCAUGCUGGUUAAGUGUGCCUUGAAUUCUAAAUAAAUCACUGACAGGGUCACCAGCAAAGCACCAUCACACCUCCUCCUCCAUGCUUCACAGUGGGAACCACACAUGCAGAGAUCAUCCGUUCACCUACUCUGCAUCUCACAAAGACAUGGCGGUUGGAACCCAAAAUCUCAAAUUUGGACUCAUCAGACAAAAGGACAGAUUUCCACCUUUCUUGGCCCAAGCAAGUCUCUUCUUCUUUUUGGUGUCCUUUAGUAGUGGUUUCUUUGCAACAAUUCGACCAUGAUGGCGUGAUUCACACAGUCUCUUUUGAACUUAUCCUCUGCAGCAUAGGUAACUCUGGGUCUUCCUUUCCUGUGGCGGUCCUCAUGAGAGCUAGUUUCAUCAUUGCGCUUGAUGGGUUUUGGCGACUGCAGUUGAAGAAACUUUCAAAGUUCUUGAAAUGUUCCGUAUUGACUGACCUUCAUGUCUUAAAGUAAUGAUGGACUGUCGUUUCUCUUUGCUUAUUUGAGCUGUUCUUGCCAUAAUAUGGACUUGGUAUUUUACCAAAUAGGGCUAUUUUCUGUAUACCACCCCUACCUUGUCACAACACAUUGAUUGGCUCAAACGCAUUAAGAAGGAAAGACAUUCCACAAAUUAACUUUUAACAAGGUUAAAUUGAUCUGUUAAUUGAAAUGUAUUCCAGGUGUCUAUCUCAUGAAGCUGGUUGAGAGAAUGCCAAGAGUGUGCAAAGCUGUCAUCAAGGCAAAGGGUGGCUACUUUGAAGAAUCUCAAAUAUAAAAUAAAGAAAAAUCCUGGAAUGAGUAGGUGUGUCCAAAUAUUUGAAUGGUGCUGUAUAUCUAUCUCUACAUCUCCUUUGGAGCCACUGUAAAGCUUACUCAUGAUUUGCAUGUCUAUAUAAUAGUGAUGCGGGGGGGGGGGGGGGGGGGGGGGUCGAUACAGUUACAAUACAGUUGGUCAAUAUUAUAUUCAUAUUUGACACAAAGUACUUUUUUUGCUACUGUAGGUAGCAUUAGGUAGCGCUAUCGGCUGUGGUCUUACCUGCGCCAAAACGCUGGUAUUUACAUCCUAUAGCUUGUCCUCCAUCUUCUUUUUAAAUAGUAAGACAACAUGGUUUCAGCACUUUUAUUUCCCUGUCUGAUCAAAACGAGGUUUCUCAUGCUCUCUCUUGUCUCUCUGCAGCAGACAUAUAGUGAGCAACAUGUUUGAAACAUCGAAUCGCAAUAAAAUCACAGUAUCGAAUCUCAAUAAAAUCACAGUAUCGAAUCGCAAUAAAAUCACAGUAUCGAAUCGCAAUCAAAUCACAGUAUUGAAUCGCAAUACAUAUAGAAUCGCAAUACAUAUAGAAUCGCAAUACAUAUAUAGAAUCGCAAUACAUAUAGAAUCACAAUACAUAUAGAAUCGUGAGAAUCGUCAUACAUAACAUAUCGGCAUCUAAGUAUGGUGAUAAUAUUGUAACAUGAGGUCCCUGGCAAUUCCCAGGGACUCACCUAUCUCCCAUUACCUAACCAACAGAGAAUGUCUCCUGAAUGUUUGAUAAGGUCUCAGAAACGUUACAGUGUGAAUGUUACUGCUCCCUUACUGUUACAUCUCUCUAUAUUUGAGGUUAUAUACCUCGUCAUGCUGACACGUUCUUUACUGAUCUCUGAUCAUAAUACCACUCUCCCUCUCUUCUAUCCUCUCUUUUUUCCACUAAAUGUGGAAAGCCCUCUUUCUCUGUCUCGCUCCCUCUUUCUCCCUCUUUCUCUCUCUCUCUCUCUCUCUCUCUCUCUCUCUCCUCGCUCUCUUUCGCGCUCUCUCUCCCUCUCUCGCUCUCUCUCUCUCCCUCCUCUCACACUCUCUCUCCCUGUCUCUCUCUCCCUGUCUCUCUCCCUCUUCUCUCUCUCCUCUCACUUUCUCUCUCUCCCUGUCUCUCUCUCUCCCUGUCUCACUCUCUCUCUGUCUCUCUCCUCCAGGUGUGAGUUUCUCUCUACAUGGGGCUGAGCUCCAGUGGCAGAGCCCCCACAGACACAGAGUGCUGCGGCCCCCGACCCCUGGGUGCGAGGCGGCGGACUCAGCCUUCUCCUUCCCCCCCACCAGGUCGCCAGUCAGAAUGGAGGAGUCCUUGGCUGGGGCUCCGGAUUCCCCCAGCACACAGGACAAUGCGCCACCCCACGGUAAGCCAUGUGGCACCUCCUUAAAGAGGUACCUCGACCAAAUAACAUUUCCAUAAUGUAACUGUUGUGCAGCACCUUUUUAAAGAGCAACUUUUAUAAGACAAAAAAACUUUAUUAAAGUUCAAAUCUGAGUGGUAGUCAUGCACUUCAGUUAAUCUUUUAGUUAUAUUAUCUGAGUUAGGAAGUAGUCUAGGUGUCCACAGAAUCAACAACAUAUUGAGGGUUUCACAAUUCACAAUGUGUUUUCUGCUGAUUUCCCGUCCAGUUCUGAAGGAUGUGAAGUUGUUAAUGGAGAGUUUGGAGGGGCUGAGCACCCCAUCCAAAGACGGCGACUCGACCCUGCUCGACCCCGGGACCAGUAGCAUCUUGGACGACAACACCAGGACUGACCCGGCACCAGAGGUGAGAGGUCAAUUACUGGUGUGUCCGUAAAGUACGUAUGGUCAAUGUGGGUUGAAGCUGGCUGCUGUAAGUAGGGGUGUAACGAUCCAUCUACUACAUCGAUGUAUCGAUUUAUAUUCCUAUGAUCCAACUACAUCGAUCUGUGCUCGGCGAGUUGGCCUUUUGGACAACAUAUAUCAAUCUAACAUCGUUUUAAAAUGUAAUAAAUCGAUUGUAUCGAUACUAGAAAAUAACCCAUUGGAUUUAAGCACGUCAGACUUUAUAUGGAUGUUUUUUCUUAGCACUUUUAAUGAUAAAGGCUUUAAACAUUACUCAAUUCAGUCUGCCUAUCCGUGACGUCAUCGCCCCGCGCCAGCAGCAGCGCAAAGGCGCAAAGACAACAAAACAUAGCAUGGCGGACGACAGAGGAGAAGCCGACGAGCGAGAAAUUAUCAAGCCACCAUUGCGGUCCUUACAAGAAACAGGAAUCUAGGAAACUUCACCUGCACUGUCCAGUAUCCAGGUAUUUAUUUCAGUCACACUGGUUGAAUUUUUGGCUAAAAGGUUACUGAAUCGAUUUCAAGUCACUGAAUCGUUUCGGAUCGUAUCGUUCUAAAUGAACCAAUAUCGUCCUUGAAUCGUAUCGACAACCACGAAUCGUGAUACAAAUCGAAUCGUUGUUAAAACGAAUCGUUACACCCCUAGCUGUAAGUGUUAUUCUUAUCCUCAUUGGGGGAUCUGAUGUUUUGCCUUCUUAGGGUGAACACAUUGGUUUCUUACUACAAUAGUGUGAUGUAUAACCCUUGGAAGGGCACAUUUCAAUGUUAUGCUUAUGAGCAAAGCACUUCAGCUGAACCGCCUCUGUAAAUGUUCAGCAGUGCUAAUGGUAAAAUACAUUGAAGUCACUUUGGGUCAAAACAACCUUAUAGUGGUUACUCCCUCCCUCUGUUUCUCUCCCCAGGUAGGGAGAAGUAGGUCCAGUGGGCUGUGCUUCAGUGAUGGCAAGUGCCACAUCGACUACAUCCUGGUUUACAGGAAGUCCGGUCCGCAGUCGGAGAAGAGGGAAAUAUUUGAGCGCAACAUCCGAGCUGAGGGCUUGCAGAUGGAGAAGGAGGCGAGUACUACUGAGUAUUACAGUAUAAUAUAGUAUUACAGUAACAUAGUAUUACAGUAACAGUAUAUUAUAGUAUGACAGUAUUACUGUAGUCACUGAAGCUCUGCCUGUCACUCAUAAACCAACGCAAAUGUGCUGAUGGCAAGUUUCACCCUCAAUCUGGUUUAUUGCAGGGAAGCAAUUGUGCUGAGUGUGUGUGUGUGUGUGUGUGUGCGUUUGCAUGUGUGUGAGUGGCUGCCACAUAGUGUGCUGACGCAGUAGCAUCAAGGUCAUCAUCUGAAUCAUUCAAAGAGACUAUGCUGCUUCUUCUCUCCUUUAACAGCAUCAUUUGCUUCUCUCCUGCAUGGAGACGCUUUGUUAUGUUUAGGUCCUGCGAGGGUAGCUAGUUUUUCAUUUGCCUACUGUGUAGUCAGACUUCUUAUGAUGACAAGAUGCAAGGCAGAAUUCUGCUUGAAAUGAUCAGAGAAUGCAGUACUGACUAUAUAACUUGGCUACUGGGAUUUUGAAUACAUCAAACUCACAUAGUUUGGUAUCUUUUAAAGAUCCUAGUAAAAACUAUUCCACGGCCAUGACAGCGAAUGCCUGUUAACUGUGUGAGAUGUCACUAAUGGAUGUCAAAGGAAAUCUAUAUUUCAACCGUCCCUUUCCUCUCUAUGUCCAGUUAUGAAAUCCAUAAACCUCUCUACUGAAUUUGGAUACACGUGUGGCAACAUGAUUUAGAAUGGAAACAUUUUCAUUUAAAACAUUUGAUCCUUCAUUAUAUACCUUUUUAAUGUGCUAAGAAACUGUUGUAAGAAAUAGUGUUAACAGGACUUAAUAGUUCUAAUGCUGGGUCUUUUCCCCUCAAACAGUUGUCUGUGUGCAACAGUGAUGUGAUCUUCCUGAAGCUGCAUGCUCCCUGGGAGGUGCUAUGUCGCUACGCAGAGCUUAUGAACAUUCGGAUGCCGUUCAGGUGGGGAGACGAACACGCAGCCUCUGUAGCUCCAGAAACUCACACACCUAAAUCACGUCGACAGACAGGUUCCCACCACACACACUCACUCUCUCUCUCUCUCUCUCUCGCAUACUAUGAAUAUUUGCAAUGUACUUUUAUUUUCUGUAUUUCUUCAUGUUUAUUAGAUAGAAUAGUGAGAGACUGACAGGAAAGCUAGAAGAGAGUGCUCUAGAGGGGUCAGAUUCUAACACAUGUGAGCACCAGUGCAUGUGUUCCAGAAGCAUAAGCGACCUAGACUGCUAGACCACCCCAAGCCACUGCAUUGCAUUAAUGCACUGAGAUUAAGUUUUAAUAGUUGAUAAUGUUGUGGGGUUUUUCAGGAGGAAAAUCUAUUACAUGCAUCGACGGUACAAGUUCAUGAGUAGGUGAGUGUUAAUUGAUUUAUUUAUUGAUCACAUUUUUGGGGUACGACCCUAAUGUUAACGGUCUCUGGCUGUGUGUGAUGUGUGAUGUGAUUUUGGGCUUUCUGUCACCGUCCAGGAUGGAGAAGAGAAUCAACAGAUUUCGAGGAUGGCUGCCUCGCAAACCCAUGAAGUUUGACAACGACACCCUCCCUGACCUGGAGGAGAACGAGAGCUUUACCGCCCCCUUCAGUCGCUCCAGAAUACAUCAGUAAGUGUGUGUGUGUGUGUGUGUGUGUGUGUGUGUGUGUUUGUCUGUGUGUGUGUCCACCACCAGUCUGGUAUAUGGUUUUUCCUUACUAACUUAAAGGUGAAGAUUAAUCAGUCUUACAUCUUUAAACCAUAGUUCUUAGUAAGGAAAUAAACUACAUUUCCUUGUGGGUGUGGUCCAAUUUUAGGGGCCUUUUUGGGGGGCUCACAAGCGCCCGUCAAGGCAAAAUUAUAUAGAAUGCACUGAGAUGACCUCAGACCAAAAUGGUGUGCUUUUCAAAAGCUCAAUAAAUCCAACGGACUGGAGCGGUUUAGAAGAAAUAUGAUCUAGGAUCCUUUUCUCUGUCAAUAUUCUGUUACAGUUUCACCAUUCACAACAAAGACACGUUCUUCAACAACGCUACCAGGAGUCGCAUCGUCCAUCAUAUCUUGCAAAGGGUCAAAUAUGAGGAGGGCAAAGACAAAAUGGGUGAGGCUUUUAUCAUCAUAUAACACAGUUACAAAUGGCCUCUGGAUAAUACAUUUACAUUGUUGUCAUUUAGCAGACGCUCUUAUCCAGAGAUACUUACAGGAGCAAUUAGGGUUAAGUGCCUUGCUCAAGGGUACAUCGACAGAAUUUUCACCUAGUCGGUUCAGGGAUUCUAAUCUGCGCCCUUUCAGUUACUGGCCCAACGCUCUUAACCGCUAGGCUACCUGCCGCCUCUCUAAAUAGUAAAAGACCACUGCUAGAUGUAAUCCAUGUUUGAGGUACAGCAUGUCUUUGGUGUGUAGAGAUAUUGACAAGUGUCUUCAUGUUCUUGUUCAUGCUCCAGGGCUGAAUCGUCUUUUGAGCAACAGUUCAUACGAGGCAGCUUUUCCCCUUCAUGAGGUAAUGCACUGACACUUCACACAUUGGCUUGGAAGAGAAAUAUCACUUGUAGGAUCUUCAUUUGAGCCAGUUCGCUACAGCAGGAAAAUAAUCCUGCGGCAACCGGAAAUGUGAAUUAUUAUGUGGUUUAUAAUUAAUGGACAUUUUUGUAGGGGUUGAUACAUUUUCAUAAGGGCAAAUCAAGUCUGAUAUUUCAAAGUGGAAAUUACAAACUUUAGAAGCCUUUUUUUAAACUCAAAUACACAACAAGUUUGCAUUUCCUGCUUAGCAGGAAAAUUCUCAGCAACAAAAGAGUGAUCAAAUGAAGAUCCUACAUCUGUAGUUAUGAUGGUACAUUACUUGCGUGUGUGUGUUAACAGGGGAGCUACAGAAGUAAGAACUCCAUCCGGACGCAUGGGGCAGAGAACCACAGACACUUGCUGUAUGAAUGCUGGGCCUGGUGGGGGGUGUGGUACAAGUACCAGCCACUGGACCUCAUAAGGUACAACACUGUUAACACUCCUGCUGUAUAAGGACAUCACAGGUCUAAUACAGUGUAUUAUCUGCACUUUGCAGGUUGUCCCUAGAUCCUGCAAGCAAUACAACUUCACCAGCCACAUGUAUUAAAGCCACAUUAAUUAAUUAAUUAAUGGAGUGAAUUUACUAGAUCAUUAAAAACUUAUGAAGCCACAACAUCGUUGCGAUGGUUGUACAUAGUGACCUGUUUGUUGGUGUUUAUCUCCUGAUGGGUCUGUCAGGCGGUACUUCGGGGAGAAAAUUGGUCUCUAUUUUGCCUGGCUGGGCUGGUACACUGGGAUGCUGUUCCCUGCGGCGCUGGUUGGGCUCAUGGUCUUCCUCUAUGGCUGGUUCACCCUAGACCACUGCCAGGUCAGGUAAUGUGAGCUCACCUGAUACUCAUUGGUCUUCUUUAAUUAAGUUUUACCUCAAUGUUUUACCUUAAUAUUUUAUCAUUCACUUUAAUGUUUGGUCUUGUGCUAUUCCCCAAGAAAAAAUACCAAACAGACGCAUGCUUUACACUGGUGUAAAUCUGGCCUUAGUCUGGUAGAAGUCUAUUACCAAUGCUAUCAGUGCGUUAGUCGUUUGGCAGCACUGAGACAGGCUGAUAAAUGCACUAAGAACUGAUGAGUGUAUUGAACCAGGCUAAAGGUUGUCUGUGAUUCUCCAGUAAAGAAAUCUGCCAAGCCACUGACAUCAUCAUGUGCCCCAUAUGUGACGAGUACUGCCCCUACCUGAGACUCUCAGACAGCUGCAUCUAUGCCAAGGUGACUUCAGUACUACCAUGUAGAGUAUGUUAAACGUUUGCCCCAGACUGAGCACUGCUGACAAACAUCAGGGCAGUUGUGGCUAAUUCCGAUCCUGGAGAGCCACUUUGUGUGACUCAAAUGAUUUAACUAAUGAUGGUCAUAAAUGUAGACCACAAUUAUUUUGUGUUAGAGCUGGGCUGAAACAAAAGCCUGCGUACACUGCAGCUCUCCAGGAACAGUGAUUUUGUCAUUUACUUUUUAGAAAAAUAUUCAAUUGUUUGACAAACAUUUACUCCAGCGCCAUGUCACAGUAACAGAAGUAUAACUAAUUUAGCCAGGUAAUCUUUUUACUUUACAAUUUAAUUUUUAGCAGACGCUCUUAUCCAGAGCGACUUACAGUAGUGAGAGCAUACAUUUUUGUACUUGUCCCCCGUGGGAAUCGAACCCACAAGUCUGGCAUUGCAAGCGCCAUGCUCGACCAACUGAGCUACACGGGACUACUUUGUGAGCUUGCUCUGGAAAAUGUCUGACAAACAGCCCUCAUUUGCUAUCUUUAUAUACAAAUGUUACUACUGUAUGUGUUUGUACUGAAUUCCUGUUUACAGAAAUCAUUUCUCUAAGCAAUUGCUAUUGAUUUGUUUCUUGGCUUUAGGUCACCCAUCUUUUUGACAACGGAGCAACAGUUUUCUUUGCUGUAUUCAUGGCUGUGUGGGGUGAGUUUUUAUCAUUUAUUGUAAAUAUGAUAGGUUCAAUUUAAAACAAAUCUAAUUUUAUUGUAAAAUAAAGUUUAAGAAGUUACUCGUCAGCAUUCCAUGUACACUUUAUUUAAGUUACAGUAUUUACAGGGAAGUGGUACAGGGUCCUCCUCAGCGUUGCACAAGAUCCCAGGCAAAAGGUGUAUAGGGAGAGUUAGUGCAGGGCCUAGCCUCCUCAUCGUCAUAGCAGCUGGGCCUAGGCAGGGAGGAUUCAGCCACUUCUACAUCAUAACGACAGUAAGCAGGUGGUUUCACACUCUUCAAAUCCUCUGGAAGUUGAAUGAUGGAAGAAGGGACUGAAACAUCUGGAAUACAUGUGUUAUUAACAUUACCUCCAGUUUAGUCAAAUGAAAGGUCUCAUUUCAACCUGCUAAACUUUUGAUUUCAGAAUGUAGUGAGAUCGAAAGUGUUCAGUGGAUUUGAUAAAACAAAAACAAAGGUUUUUAUCAAACUAGAUAUUUGCUUUGGUCAGUUAAUGGAUCACUACACUGUGUCAAGGCAACAUCCCUGGAAUAGACCUACCUGUUGUUGGGAGCUUCCCUGUAGAGGGCAGGUUUUUAAGAGCCUGCUUUAGCCUCGUGUCAUAACUCCAGCACUUCAGCAGGCAGAACACAGCUAGGUAGAACUGCAGGCCAAAGGUCAACAGAAGCGCUAGCCAAAUGAAGACCUGAGUGGCUGUGUGAGAAGACAGGUGGGGAAAAAUUAUUAGGGAGAGGGUGAGUGAGUGAGGUAAAGGAAGAGAGCAAAGAUGGUAGAGACUGAUGUGGAGGAAGGGAUGAUCGAAUGUCUACGGUUAAUCCAAAAUAUCCCUGGGGAAAUGGACCUAGAUUAGGCCUAGCACAUCUUGACAAGAGCUCCUAAUGGCCAGGGCCAAGCCUUUUGCAAUGUAUAGCAAAGUAACCAAACAGAAGUUGUAGACUGUAACCAGUGUGGUGGAAAAAUCACUCCGAAGGCAGUCCGAUCUCAAUAUACAAAAGCUUUAUUACGAGCAUUCAUGCAAGGGAAAACCAAUUUGACUCGCUCUUUGUUCUCACAGACAUUGUAUACAGACCGAGGAUGGGUGGGGUGUAUCACAUGCCCUUCAAAUGAGUCCGGUACUUCUGCUUAUCACCACAAAUAGUAGGCCCAGAGAAAAUCAUACCAAGGACAUAUCCACUCCCCCACAGAUCCGGGGAUAACAGGAACCAUGAAAGAUUGUUUGACAGAAAGUUAGAACUGGGCAAUUUAGAAACAGUUAUAAAACAGACUGAUUAUAAUACAUAUCAGGGAACAGGCAACCUUACAGACAAGACGAGGAACAGGAUGACCUGUGUCUUCUUCAGGUCAUAUUUGAUAACAAAUCUAAUUUUCUCUUCUACACCAGUCCUCUUCCAUCUGUUUUCCAGAAACGUACGCAAUUGAACAAUAGGCAUAAACUAUGGCUUUAAUACACUUUAGAUACCUGACUGUAAACUGCCACAUGCUAAUCCAUACUACCAAUAGUGACCAGUCCUCUCUCUAUUCCAGAUACAGUGCCUUCGGAAAGUAUUCAGACCCCUUUUUCCACAUUUUGUUACGUUACAGCCUUAUUCUAAAAUCGACUAAAUUGGUUUUUUUCUUCAUCAAUCUACACACAAUACCCCAAAAUGACAAAGCAAAAACAGGUUUUUAUAAACUUUUGCUAAUUUAUAACAAAUAAACCCAGGAAAUAUCACAUUUACAUAAGUAUUCAGACCCUUUACUCAGUACUUUGUUGAAGCACCUUUGGCAGCAAUUACAGCAUUGAGUCUUUUUGGGUAUGAGGCUACAAGCUUGGCACACCUGUAUUUGGGGAGUUUCUCCCAUUCUUCUCUGUAGAUCUUCUCAAGCUCUGUCAGGUUGGAUGGGGAGCGUAGCUGAACAGCUAUUUUCAGGUCUCUCAGAGAUGUUCGAUCGGGUUCAAGUCCGGGCUCUGGCUGGGCCACUCAAGGACAUUCAGAGACUUGUCCCGAAGCCAUUCCUGCGUUGUCUUGGCUGUGUGCUUAGGUUCGUUGUCCUGUUGGAAGGUGAACCUUCACCCCAGUCUGAGGUCCUGAGCGCUCUGGAGCAGCUUUUCAUCAAGGAUCUCUCUGUACUUUGCUCCGUUCAUCUUUCACUCGAUCCUGACUAGUCUCCCAGUCCCUGCCGCUGAAAAACAUCCCAACAGCAUGAUGCUGCCACCACCAUGCUUCACCGUAGGGAUGGUGCCAGGUUUCCUCCAGACGUGACGCUUGGCAUUCAGGCCAAAGAGUUCAAUCUUGGUUUCAUCAGACCCGAGAAUCUUGUUUUUCAUGGUCUGAGAGUCUGUAGGUGCCUUCUGGCAAACUCCAAGCGGGCUGUCAUGUGCCUUUUACUGAGGAGUGGCUUCCGUCUGGCCACUCUACCAUAAAGGCCUGAUUGGUGGAGUGCUGCAGAGAUGGUUGUCCUUCUGGAAGUUUCUUCCAUCUCCAUAAAGGAGCUCUAGAGCUCUGUCAGAGUGACCAUCGGGGUCUUGGUCACCUCCCUGACCAAGACCCUUCUCCCCCGAUUGCUCAGUUUGGCCAGGCAGCCAUCUCUAGGAAGAGUCUUGGUGGUUCCAAACUUCUUCCAUUUAAGAAUGAUGGAGGCCACUGUGUUCUUGGGGACCUUCAAUGCUACAGAAAUUUUUUGGUACCCUUCCCCAGAUCUGUGCCUCAACACAAUCCUGUCUCUGAGCUCUACGGACAAUUCCUUCGACCUCAUGGCUUGGUUUUUGCUCUGACAUGCACUGUCAACUGUGAGACCUUAUAUAGACAGGUGUGUGCCUUUCCAAAUCAUUUCCAAUAAAUUGAAUUUACCACAGGUGGACUCCAAUCAAGUUGUAGAAACAUCUCAAGGAUGAUCAAUGGAAAACAGGAUGCACCUGAGCUCAAUUUCGAGUCUCAUAGCAUUUAUAUUGAAUACAUUUGCAAACAUUUCUAAAAACCUGUUUUCGCUUCGUCAUUAUGGGGUAUUGUGUGUAGAUUGAUGAGGAUUUGUUUUUAUUUAAUCAAUUUUAGAAUAAGGCUGUAACGUAACAAAAUGUGGAAAAAGUCAAGGGGUCUGAAUACUUUCCGAAGGCACUGUAGUUCAAAUGAGUAAUACAAGUUGUGUAAUGUAUCUUCUAUUCUUCUUAGAGAGCUUGGUGACUUCCAAAGCUCAGGCGGUGAGUGCACUGCAAGACUGUGCUCAUAUUAAAAUAGCUGUAGCUCUUAGUUUUUCCGUUAUUGAUUGCACUGCAAAUUCAGACAUUGUCUUCAGGGCUUAUGGAAACCACUCAUACAUUCCCCUGUCGUUCAUCUUUUAUGGUGAGAAAUGUAUUGGAUAGAGGGAUUUAACUUCAACAUACAUUGGAUCAGGUAUUCAUUACACACUCUACAUAUACUACUGUACUGUAAGUCAACAAUUUAAAUUCUGUUUAUCCAAGAAUAAUUAAUUAACCAACACAUAAACAAUGGAGCAAUACUCCAAGGUGCAUUCUAUGCCAUUUUCACAUGCAAAUAUAGCACUUGAUUUGAGUGUGUCACCGCAUGGUCUGUGAUUUACUCACCCUCCGUUGGUUCUGGCUCCCAGACCCAGACGUCUGGCUGGGAAAGGUCCAGAGAGAAGCUGUCAUUCUGUGGACAGCCCAUCGAUCAUCGUCCUUGCACAGAACCAGGACCUAUCUAGACAAGACGGAGACAUUAGUAUGUAGCAUUAACUACAGAUUGCUUUAGAUAACAUUUUGGACUUGACAGAGGCUGUCAUACUUCUUUCAUAAGAGUUUGUGACAGUAGAGAUAACAUAUUUCUACAGUGUAUGUUAGUAGCUAUGGUUACUGAUUGCCAGUGGAGUAAAAGUCUAAAAGUAUUUAGUUUUAAAUAUACUUAAGUAUCAAAAGUAAAUGUAAUUGCAUAAAUUUACUUAAGUAUCAGAAGUAAAAGUAUAAAUAAUUUCAAAUUGCUUAUAAUAAGCAAGUCGGACAGCACAAUUUUCUUGUUUUAUUUUAUUUACGGAUAGCCAGGGGCACACUACAACACGCAGACAUAAUUUACAAACAAAGCAUUUGUGUUUAGUGAGUCCUCCAGAUCAGAGGCUGUAGGGAUGACCAGGGAUGUUCUCUUGAUAAGUGAGUGAAUUGGACCAUUUUCCUGGCCUGCUAAGCAUUGAAAAUGUAACGAGUACUUUUGGGUGUCGGGGAAAAUGUGUGGAGUAAAAAGUACAUAAUUCUCUUUAGGAAUGUAGUGAAGUAAAAGUAGGCCAAAAUAUAAAUAGUCAAGUAAAAUUCAGAUACCUAAAAAAAACGACUUAAGUACUUUGCACCACUGUUGAUUGCGAACUUCUUCAUGAGUCAUGAUUGUGUCAUUUGUCAUCUAUUGUUAUACUGUUCACUGUUUUGAAAGGUCACAUGUUGAUCAAUGGUCGUUGUUUGUGAUUGCUUUACGCAGUCUUCAUGUGUACUUAGUCUUCUCCUAAUGUGUUAUAUAAUGUGUUGGUGAGAUUAAUGUAUAGGUUAAUGGGGUCAAAUGCAGGUCAUUGUUACACUAAAUAUCCACCAUUCAUCACCACAAAUCCCUUUUAUCUAACCUUCCCUUUAAUCCAUCACAAAUUGGCAGUGUUAUCUCAUUGGUACAAAGGUGAAAUAUGUUGAGUGAAAUGUUCUUCACCCAACUUCAUGCAACAAAGUAGAUCGGCUGAAAACGUGAAAACAGGUAGAAAAAUGUAAUAAACUAACCUGGAAAAUGAGGUAAUUCAUGUUAGCUACACUUCAAUAGCGCACUACUCUUUUGUAACAAUCCCAUAGCCUACUGACAUUUUGAGUCUUUGUUGUUGUUGUUGUUGUUAGUCAAAUGAUGGUAACUCUCAAAUCUACAACUGAUAAACAACCUAACUGCAUUCGGUGCUCAUUCAACUGGUAGAUUGCAAUCAUUUUCUGUAGUGCAAUUACAUUCACAUUUACAUUUUUGUCGUUUAUCUGACACACUAUCCAGACACACUUACAAUCAUAUCGGUGCAUACAAGAGGAACCACAGCUAUAAAAUUAGGACAAUAAAGCAAAACAUUUAAAAAUACAUUUAAUCAAGGCUAAAUAACUGUAUAGGCCCUCAGAUACUCAAUACAGCAGGGUUCCCCAACUGGCAGCUCACGGGCCAAAUUCUGUGGUUUUAUUUGGCCCCCAUUUUCAUUGUUGGGCAUUAAAAAAACACCAGGAAAUCAGCUCCAAGUUAUUUUAAUGUAAGAAACCUGUUCCCAACUAUUCCCACACAUAAUAGAGAGACACAACGUGAUCGUAUACAAAUGUAAGCAAGGUUUGAAAUGAUUGUUUUAGUCAAACAUUAUCUGUUUGGGCAGACUUUUUGAAGAAAAAAAUUGGCCCACGGCUGAAUCUAGUUGAUGAUCCCUGCAAUACAAUAUCGUUGGACUGCCUGUAAAUAAGUAUAAAACUCAACCUACCUGGGUUUGUCUGGAGAGCAGUGGAUCUUGCUGCAGGGCCUUGCUGUUGUCCAACACUGGACUAUUUCUUGGCAUUCACCUACAGUAGAAUACCCAUUGAAAUCACUUCAUUAACAUUCCUCUGAAGUGUGCUCCCCUGCUGCUGGCUCUGCAGAAACAUGUGCCUUUCCACCAAAAGAGACCGCUAGUCACUGACUGGCCUCAUACAACUGUCUGGAACUACAGAAACAUGUGCCUUUCCAUUCAGAGCUACUAGUUCAACUGAUCUUAGUCCAGCCUCUGCAAAGAGAUUGCUCUGAUUGUCAAGUGACACACUGGUAAACAGAUUGGCAAUGGGUAACCCAUCCCAAGGACUUUGUUCAGGAGAACCUACCCUCUCUCUCCAGUGCUUUAAAGGCAGCAGUGGCUUGUUUGAAAUGACCUAUUGCACAGCGUCCAUCCUAAAUAGCUAGAAUAGUGAACGAUUUUAGAUAACUGAAGUAACGGUAUGAAUCCUGGCACCCAGCAACUGUGCUGCAAAAUUGUCUUAUCUGAAUGUGGAGAACUACUUGAAGUGAUAAUUGAAUCAUUUUGAGUCAUGCAAAACAACCUUCCUUCAACAAAGAAAGAGAUUAAUUUAAAUGAUUCCUGUUUUCGGCAGCAAUGCUAGAGAUGGUUACAUUUAAAUGAUUCUGUUUGUAUUACAUUGCCAACAUUGUUUUAUGGCUUGAACACAAGUGUACAUACAGUGGGGGAAAAAAGUAUUUAGUCAGCCACCAAUUGUGCAAGUUCUCCCACUUAAAAAGAUGAGAGAGGCCUGUAAUUUUCAUCACAGGUACACGUCAACUAUGACAGACAAAAUGAGGGGAAAAAUCCAGAAAAUCACAUUGUAGGAUUUUUAAUGAAUUUAUUUGAAAUUAUGGUGGAAAAUAAGUAUUUGGUCAAUAACAAAAGUUUCUCAAUACUUUGUUAUAUACCCUUUGUUGGCAAUGACACAGGUCAAACGUUUUCUGUAAGUCUUCACAAGGUUUUCACACACUGUUGCUGGUAUUUUGGUCCAUUCCUCCAUGCAGAUCUCCUCUAGAGCAGUGAUGUUUUGGGGCUGUCGCUGGGCAACACGGACUUUCAACUCCCUCCAAAGAUUUUCUAUGGGGUUGAGAUCUGGAGACUGGCUAGGCCACUCCAGGACCUUGAAAUGCUUCUUACGAAGCCACUCCUUCGUUGCCCGGGCGGUGUGUUUGGGAUCAUUGUCAUGCUGAAAGACCCAGCCACGUUUCAUCUUCAAUGCCCUUGCUGAUGGAAGGAGGUUUUCACUCAAAAUCUCACAAUACAUGGCCCCAUUCAUUCUUUCCUUUACACGGAUCAGUCGUCCUGGUCCCUUUGCAGAAAAACAGCCCCAAAGCAUGAUGUUUCCACCCCCAUUCUUCACAGUAGGUAUGGUGUUCUUUGGAUGCAACUCAGCAUUCUUUGUCCUCCAAACACGACGAGUUUAGUUUUUACCAAAAAGUUCUAUUUUGGUUUCAUCUGACCAUAUGACAUUCUCCCAAUCCUCUUCUGGAUCAUCCAAAUGCACUCUAGCAAACUUCAGACGGGCCUGGACAUGUACUGGCUUAAGCAGGGGGACACUGCAGGAUUUGAGUCCCUGGCGGCGUAGUGUGUUACUGAUGGUAGGCUUUGUUACUUUGGUCCCAGCUCUCUGCAGGUCAUUCACUAGGUCCCCCCGUGUGGUUCUGGGAUUUUUGCUCACCAUUCUUGUGAUCAUUUUGACCCCACGGGGUGAGAUCUUGCGUGGAGCCCCAGAUCGAGGGAGAUUAUCAGUGGUCUUGUAUGUCUUCCAUUUCCUAAUAAUUGCUCCCACAGUUGAUUUCUUCAAACCAAGCUGCUUACCUAUUGCAGAUUCAGUCUUCCCAGCCUGGUGCAGGUCUACAAUUUUUUUUCUGGUGUCCUUUGACAGCUCUUUGGUCUUGGCCAUAGUGGAGUUUGGAGUGUGACUGUUUGAGGUUGUGGACAGGUGUCUUUUAUACUGAUAACACGUUCAAACAGGUGCCAUUAAUACAGGUAACGAGUGGAGGACAGAGGAGCCUCUUAAAGAAGUUGUUACAGGUCUGUGAGAGCCAGAAAUCUUGCUUGUUUGUAGGUGACCAAAUACUUAUUUUCCACCAUAAUUUGCAAAUAAAUUCAUUAAAAAUCCUACAAUGUGAUUUUCUAGAUUUUUUUCUCUCAAUUUGUCUGUCAUAGUUGACGUGUACCUAUGAUGAAAAUUACAGGCCUCUCUCAUCUUUUUAAGUGGGAGAACUUGCACAAUUGGUGGCUGACUAAAUACUUUUUUCCCCACUGUACUUGUCCCACAUUGAAUAUGACACAUACUGACCUAGCCCUAACAACCCUCAAACACUAACCUAGUUGUGUAUUUUAGCAACCGUGUUUCUCGAGUUCUGGAAGAGGCGGCGAGCGGUCCUUGCGUAUGACUGGGACCUAAUUGACUGGGAGGAAGAGGAGGUAAAAAUACAUUCAUUAUGAUCAGCAUCAUCAAUUUAGAAAUAACCUCCCAGUUAUAACGUGUGUGUGUGUGUGUGUGUGUGUGUGUGUGUGUGUGUGUGUGUGUGUGUGUGUGUGUGUGUGUGUGUGUGUGUGUGUGUGUGUGUGUGUGUGUGUGUGUGUGUGUGUGUGUGUGAACGUAUAAAUGGUAAUGAACUGUCUGCUGUUUUUCAACCAUGAAGACCUUUUCAACAAAAAAAUUAUUACAUUUCUUAAAAGAUUUGAACAAUCAUGCCAUGAAGGUCCUAGGGACAUUCCACUUUUUGAUGUAUACAAAAUAUUACAAGAGGGAGCAUUGCCUUGAGAUUCCCACUCGGUUAUGACGAGGGUUGAGUAGCGGGAACUGGGUUACCAAGAUUUCCCACCCAAACCCAAUCCCUUUUCCCGGGAUAAAUAACUACAAGAAACCGGUAAAUUAUUUAUAUGAACAGCAUGAUGUGAAAUAGAACUGUUAAAUUAUAUGCAAUGUCUAAAUCUUCUCUAGGCUACGGCCUUCUCUCUGCUAUCGCAUAUCUGCAUGAUCAAUCAUCAAUACUCAGGUUGGGGACAGACUGCGCAUCUCAGUAUUCACAAUGCAUGUAUCAUCUCAUCAUGGUAGGGUGACUUGGGGUUAAACGCCCCCCAGUGUUAAACGCCCCCCUCCUGUAAUUCUCAUAAAUUCCACUUUAUAUCACCCCAAGAAAAUUCAACACUUUACACUAGUCUUGCUCAACUAAAAAUGUUAUCGGCCUCGUCUCACCUUAAGUCACUCCAACAACGAUUUUGAGGUACAUUGUUCUAGUAUUUUUUUUUAAACAACCCCUUUCUAAAGUUUGUUUUUAUAGAAUAACCAAAAAUAUAUUCAUUCUGCCAACACUUAUUUUCCUUCAAAAUGUGUUUGCCUAAGGAUAGCCAGUUUUGCACAUAUCUAAAUCUUACCAAACGCUGCUUUUUUCUGUCAGAAAUAUACAUUUCCCUUAGGGGGGGGGGGCGUCCGUCCGUCCCCCGUCCCCCGUCCCUUAACUUUUUUUUCUUGUGACAAGUAGGCCUACAUUUGCUGCAGUAAUAUAAGGACUGAAUGCACAUCUAAUUUACACAUCUCCAUCUGGCUUUCGGGGGUCAUCUUAUUUUUUUUGUUUAAAGAUUAUUAUUUUUUAUUCCAGCUGCAGAGUUUUAAAACACCCUAUCACUCCAAUGUCAUUGCUUUAAAUCAGUGCGCAUGUGACCACUCUCUCGCAGUGUUUCUCUCUGUCCAUCAAUUCCAUUCAAAUUGCAUCCAAAAUAGAUAAUCCUGUUGAUUUAUAUAUACAGUAGAUGUCCUAGCCUACCUCUUCCAGGUAAUACAUAUUAGCAUUAUAUGUAGCUAAUGAAUGAUGGGUUCAUAUGCAUAAGCUUCUAACUUUUGCGCAUACGCACCCACACUCCUCUCUCCUCUCUUUCUUUAAAAAACACUCCUUAGCUCUUGGAGUCCCAGGAAAAGCUAGACUAGAAUAGCUUGCUGGACUUUUUAUUUCAGCAUUUCUUAUACUAAUAGACUAUUGGAAGAGGGAUGCAAGCUCUUGUUUGCUGAACAUUAAAUACAGCAGCCCAUAGAACUCAUUGGGAGUUUGAAAGAAGAGAGAAUGCGCGAUGGCGGUAUACUAUGGCAGUUAUUUAUUCAGACCCAUAACCAUUCAAUCUUCGUGAAGAGAAGUGAAAGCCGUCGGCAUCUUCUAGUCUUAUAUUAUUCAAGGAUGUCAUUAGAAUGAUGAAGAUAAGGACAAUGAAACUAAUUUCAUUUAACUGUUGAAAGUGAGGAAGGAAUGAAGCAACAAUAGAGAGAGCGAUGAGGUAGUAUAAUACAGACGUCGACAACAUUAGCGGAAAUAUUAUGAAAGGUGUAUAUAUGUUUAAGCCUACAAAUUAUAGAAAUGUAAAAUAGGACUUAAUACAUUUUAAAAUCAAAUUCACUUGCCUAUAAUUGUAACUUUGUAGGACCCAUGUCCUUUACCAGCAUCACAGCUUCUCUCCCAGCUUCAUGGUUUGAGCGAGGUACGUAAUUCCAGUCCAUAUAAUACAGGACAGUAACGUAGUCCACACUCAAAGAUUCAACACUUUAGAAUGACACUUCCGGUUUUGGCGGGAAAUACCAGGUUACCCGGGAGAAAAGUUAUUUAUUCUCGGGGAUGGACAUUUGUAAAAUACCAGGAAAAUAUUCAACCUUAGUUAUGACACUCUGCUGUGUUCUUGAAAUACCCACAGUUUGUGUUCUAAAGCUGUUUCAAGAAAGCCAAGGAGACGUGUCAUGACUACAUUUUGCAGAUGUUUGCAGAACAUUCUGAGAGUGUUUGUGGCUCAGCCAGCUUUCUGUGUGCUGCAGGAGGAAAUCCGUCCCCAGUUUGAGGCCAAAUAUUCCAAAAAGGAGAGGAUGAACCCCAUAUCUGGAAAGCCUGAGCCGUACCAGGCCUUUACAGACAAGUACAGCCGACUCAUUGUCUCAGCUUCUGGAAUCUUCUUUAUGGUAAGUCCCUGGAAUAGGUAUAGUGAAUAUUUCGUAAUAAUUUAAUUUGAGUAGGGACAGAUGCAUUAAAAUGGUUUGCAUGUUGCCUCAUGCUUGCUGCUUGUUAAACCAGUUUCCCACUGGUUUAUGUUUGAAUUCAUUCAAAUCUUCAGUAUGUGGCCCAUGUAGGAAUCAAACCCACAACUGUGAUGUUGCAAGCAAGCCAACUCAACCCAGUGAGCAAUUAAUCAGAUUUGCCUUGUUGCUAUAUGUGUGCCUGACCAGAAUGUUUUAUUGACCUCCUCAGAUCCUGGUGGUGAUCGCUGCCGUCUUCGGCAUUGUGAUUUACCGCGUGAUCACAGUCAGCACUUUUGCCGCCUUCGGCUGGGCUCUUAUCAGGAACAACUCUCAGGUGGCCACCACCGGCACAGCCGUGUGCAUCAACUUCUGCAUCAUCAUGCUCCUCAAUGUGGUAAAGGCUUUGUUGAAAAAUGCAUUUAGGAUUAUGAGAUCAAUAAAGUGGCAUAUAUACAGCACCAGUCAAAAGUUUGGACACACCUACUCAUUCCAGGGUUUUUCUUUAUUUUUACUAUUUUCUACAUUGUAGAAUAAUAGUGAAGACAUCAAAACUGUGAAAUAACACAUAUGGAAUCAUGUCAUAACCAAAAGCGUGUUAAAGAAAUCAAAAUAUAUUUUAUAUUUGAGAUUCUUCAACACUCUUGGCAUUCUCUCAACCAGCUUCAUGAGGUAGUCACAUGGUAUGCAUUUCAAUUAACAGGUGUGCCUUGUUAAAAGUUAAUUUGUGGAAUUUCUUUCCUUAAUGCGUUUGAGCCAAUCAGUUGUGUUGUGACAAGGUAGGGGUUGUAUACAGAAGAUAGCCCUAUUUGGUAAAAUACCAAGUCAAUAUUAUGUCAAGAGCUCAAAUAAGCAAAGAGAAAUGACAGUCCAUUAUUACUUUAAGACAUGAAGGUCGGUCAAUCCGGAAAAUUUCAGGAACUUUGAAAGUUUCUUCAAGUGCAGUCGCAAAAACCAUCAAGCGCAAUGAUGAAACUGGCUCUCAUGAGGACCGCCACAGAAAAGGAAGACCCAGAGUUACCUCUGCUGCAGAGGAUAAUUUCAUUAGAGUUAACUGCCCCUCAAUUGCAGCCCAAAUAAAUGCUUCUCAGAGUUCAAGUCACAACAUCAACUGUUCAGAGGAGACUGUGUGAAUCAGGCCUUCAUGGUCGAAUUGCUGCAAAGAAACCACUACUAAAGGACACCAAUAAUAAGAAGAGACCUGCUUGGGCCAAGAAACACGAGCAAUGGACAUUAGACUAGUGGAAAUCUGUCCUUUGGUCUGGAGUCCAAAUUUGAGAUUUUUGGUUCCAACCGCCGUGUCUUUGUGAGAUGCGGUGUGGGUGAACGGAUGAUCUCCGCAUGUGUAUUUCCCACCGUAAAGCAUGGAGGAAGAGGUGUUAUGGUGUGGGGGUGCUUUGCUGGUGACACUGUCUGUGAUUUAUUUAGAAUUCAAGGCACACUUAACCAGAAUGGCUACCACAGCAUUCUGCAGCGAUACACCAUCCCAUCUGGUUUGGGCUUAAUGGGACUAUCAUUUGUUUUUCAACAGGACAAUGACCCAACACACCUCCAGGCUGUGUAAGGGAUAUUUUACCAAGAAGGAGAUUUAUGGAGUUCUGCAUCAGAUGACCUGGCCUACACAAUCCCCUGAUCUCAACCCAAUUGAGAUGGUUUGGGAUGAGUCGGACGGCAGAGUGAAGGAAAAGCAGCCAACAAGUGCUCAGCAUAUGUGGGAACUCCUUCAAGACUGUUGGAAAAGCAUUCCAGGUGAAGCUGGUUGAGAGAAUGCCAAGAGUGUGCAAAGCUGUCAUCAAGGCAAAGGGUGGCUAUUUGAAGAAUCUCAAAUAUAAAAUAUAUUUUGAUUUGUUUAACACUUUUGUGGUUACUACAUGAUUCCAUGUGUGUUAUUUCAUAGUUUUGAUGUCUUCACUAUUAUUCUACAAUGUAAAAAAAAUAGUAAAAAUAAAGAAAAACCCUUGAAUGAGUAGGUGUGUCCAAACCUUUGACUGGUUGUGUGUAUGUAUGUAUGUAGGGGAGGAGAUAGGUUAAAGAAGGAUAUUUAAAGCCUUGAGACAAUUGAGUCAUGGAUUGUGUAUGUGUGCCAUUCAGAGGAGGAAUGGCCAAGACAAAAUAUUUAAGUGCCUUUGAACGUGGUAUGGUAGCAGGUGCCAGGUGCACCAGUUUGAGUGUGUCAAGAACUGCAACUCUGCUGGGUUUUUCACAAUCAACAGUUUCCCGUGUGUAUCAUGAAUGGUCCACCACCCAAAGGACAUCCAGCCAACGGCAGGCCAGUGGUUGAAAACGGGUCAUUGAUGAAAGAGGACAAAGGAGGCUGACAUGAAUUGUGCAGAGCAACAGACAGGCUACAGUUAGUCAACUGACAGUCAAGUACAACAUUGGUGCCCAAAGACUCAUAAAAGAAUGCAAAACUCGUCGUACCUUGACACGAAUGGGGUAUGGCAGCCAACGACCUUACAGAGUUCCACUUCUUUCAGCAAAAACAAGAAACUGCGGUUGCAGUGGGCUAAGCAACGAAAACACUGGACACUGGAGAAUUGGAAAAACAUUGCCUGGUCUGAUGAAUCCUGGUUCCUGCUAUUUCACACUGAUGCGUGUCAACAUUGCAGGCUGGUGAUGGUGGUGUGAUGGUGUGGGGUGUGUUUUCAUGGCACACAUUAGGCCCCUUGAUAAAAGUGGAGCAACGUUUGAAUGCCACAGGAUAUCUGAACAUCAUUGCCAAUCAGGUGCAUCCCUUCAUGGCAGCAGUGUAUCCGUCUGCUAAUUGAUUUUUUCAGCAGGAUAAUGCCCCAUGCUAGGAUUGUCCAGGAAUGGUUCCACGAGCUUGACAGUGAAUUCAGCUUACUGCAGUGGCCUGCCCAGUCACCAGAUCUCAAUCCAGUUGAGCAUCUGUGGGAUGAGAUGGAACAAGCUAUUCGGAGUAGAGAUCCACUACCAGCCAACUUGACACAAUUGUGGCAAGAAUUGGAGUCAACAUGGGCCAGCAUCCCUGUGGAAUGCUUUUGACACCUUGUCCAUGACCCGAUUAAUUGAGGCUGUUCUGAGGGCAAAGAGGGGUGCAACUCAAUAUUAGAAAGGUGUUCUUAAUGUUUUGUACACUCAGUGUAUUUUAAUGUCUAUCAGUGGUGAAACCCUAAUGUCAUGUAGCGCUUUUUGAUAUAGUUAACUACAGUUGUGCUCAAAAUGUUGAUAAAAAUGUAUCCUAACGCCCUUCAAUGUCAGGACAUCGCGCUUUAGCUACAACAGCAUGAGAAUAAGGAAAAUAAAACCAUAUUAACUGGUAACCUUGUUUUUUUUUUCAGUUGUAUGAAAAAGUCGCCCUUCUGCUCACCAAUUUAGGUAAGCUACAAGUGUUCCUCCAUCUGUCAUCAUGCUGUAACAUGCCCUCUCUCCCUCUCUCUCUUUCUCUCUCCCUCUCUCUCUUUCUCUCUCCCUCUCUUUAUGUUUCUUUAAUCUUAUUCUCCAUUUUCUCUGUUUCUCUCCCUCUGGCUCUAUAUCCACAGAGCAGCCAAGGACUGAGUCAGAGUGGGAGAACAGCUUCACCCUGAAGAUGUUCCUGUUUCAGUUUGUCAAUCUCAACAGCUCUACCUUCUACAUUGCUUUUUUCCUGGGCAGGUGAGGAAACAUCUCUACUUCAUGGGGUUAAAUCGUAAUAUCGACCAUAUUUCACACUAUAUUUCAUUGAGAUUGGUUAGUAGAAUGAUGUGACCACCUUUGUCAGGUUCACUGGUCGGCCAGGAGCCUAUAUCCGCCUCAUUAACCGCUGGAAACUGGAAGAGGUGAGUGAACUAAGGCUUUUCAAAUGUGUUCAACGUGGAACAUUUCUAGUGGAAAGUACUCUUGUGGACAGAUGCACGUAACAUAAAUGGUAGUAGCAUCUGUCGACAGACUGUGGGAUGCCACAACGAAUUAGGAACUUUGAUCCAGUACGUAGAGUUUUAAUCGCUGAUUAUAUCACAAAUUCGCAGGCGCUCGCAUCUUUUGAAUUUAGGAAGUGGAGGGGACAUUUGUCCCAGAGACUUGCCAGAAACUGUCUGAGAGUUUCAGUUUAGAGGGGUGGAGACUUCACUAGUUUCUUUAGUAUAUUUCCUAACACGUGUGAUGGUGUUCUGGGUGUCCCAGAUUAAGUGGAAAGUAGCUUGGAACACUGUAUUGUCACUCGAACCUCUGUGUUAUGAACCAGAAAAUUAGGGUGUAGGGUUACUGUAUAGUUAGUUGAACAGUUGUUUAUUGAUUGAAGUGGCGGCACUGUUUCCCCUGUCUGUGUAGUGCCAUCCCAGUGGCUGUUUGAUAGAUCUCUGCAUGCAGAUGGGUAUCAUCAUGGUGCUCAAGCAGACCUGGAACAACUUCAUGGAGCUGGGCUACCCGUGAGUAUGGCCUGCCUUAGCCAAUUAGACGCAGAUAGCGCCUAGCAUGUCAUCUCCACCAGUCACCCCCCCGUGACUCUUAAUAAUUGGUUGUUUGUCAGGCUGAUCCAGAACUGGUGGACACGGCGAAGGCUGAGGCAGGAGCACGGCCCCAACGCCAAGGCCAGCUUCCCGCAGUGGGAGAGGGACUACAACCUGCAGCCCAUGAAUGCCUACGGACUGUUUGACGAAUACCUGGAGAUGAGUAUGUGCCCUUUGACCCUGAGCCCACGUUUAAAGUAACUGUCCAGUGAAAAUCUCACUUUUAAAAGGUCAUAUUCUGUUAACUCAUACCCAAAUAAUGUUGUUGGCUCAUCCUAUACUCGUAUUUGUGGCAAAAACAUACAUAGGAGAAAAAACACUUCAAAAACCCCAUGUCAAACUGACCGUUUAAAAAAUGCUUGCUAUUUCAACAUAGAGGAUGAUGUCAUCCUCCUGAGAAGGAUGAGCUGGCCAAUCAGUGGUCUACUCAAAUAAAUGUUUUUAAUGACCAGUAUGCACCCACACCUUUCUGUUGUUGGGGUACGCCAUUCCAAUACAGAAAAGCUGCUUUUUAACAUACUUAAUUACCAUUUUUUGGAAGGAAAAAUUUCACUCAUAUUAUAAUUAAUUAUAGGUUAUAUUCCAUAGAAAUCUGGAAACACUGGACAGUUACUUUAAAACGCAAAUAAUUUCUACCUCAAUUUCAUUCAAGCACAAUCAAUCAAUUGACCAAUCAGAAGAGCCAUAUAGACCUGAGUGAGCAACCAAGUAAGCCACUGCUCUGCAUUGAGAACACUGAGAAUCAUUGCCGUCAUCAUCUUGUAUACGGUUAAUACACAAGUGCAGAAAACAUAGCUAACUCCUCUGUGUAAGAUGGGUGUAAAAAUGUGUUGAUGUUGUAAGUUUGUUAUCAUCGAUAGAUCCUCUUCUUUCUGUUUGUCCCAUUCCCAUCAGUGGUGCUUACACUGUUCUGUUUGUUAUGUUCACACGCUUUCACUACAAAUGGCUCAAUUUUAGACACUUUGGGAUGAUUGGGACAUGAAAUGCUAAACAUGCUAAUAUUGGGGAUAUUGAUUUUUGGACAAAAAUACUAAAAUGUUAGCAUUUGGAAAUUUGGGUAACACUUUACAUAGGGUUCUUAUUACUGUGUAAUUAUUCCUGUGAGUACAGUGUUACAAGUAUUGUAACUCAUAGUUACACUCCAACUUACAGCAGCACAACUAACCCUAGCAGCACCCCUAGACAUAACCAUUAGUUACACGAACAGUAUGUACAGUGUAGCAAUGAGUAAUUACAAUACUUGUUGCACUGCUUACAAUAAUAAUUAUACAGUAAUUAGACUACUGUAACGUAAAUUGUUAAAAGUUGAGAGAACCUAUUGGUCAGUUGUGGGACACCAACUCCGUUGUCAUUUCUCCCUGAUUGCCUGAUUGCUUGCAGUGAACAUGAAAGGUACUGUAGAAAAAAAUGUUGUUUACUAGUUAGGUCAUGAAUGCAUGUGCCAAAUAUGUUUAUUGCACUCCUUGCCAUCAUAUUCUGCUUUGCCAGGCAAACUGCACAUGGAGAGGACAAAGCCCAUGAAUAUUAGCUUAGGACCUAAUUACUUCUAUAGAACAAAUAUUUCCACUGGGCAAAACAGUGUCCUAUGAGGAGCUGUGGGUGGUUCUGGGGUGGGGAAAGUGCUGGUGUUAGUGCCAAAUUUUUCUCCAGCCAGCCAAAACAAUAACACACCUGACUACAGUCUAUUGAUGACUAUAGAUCACCUCAGAGGAUGCUGAUUAAUCGGGCUAGUUUCUGGGUGGUGGAAAUGACCUUUCUGCCGGAGAGAUUCCAGAAUGAAAUACAGCCUACUUGAAUAAGUGGCCAGUUCAUUGAUUAAACGUCACAAGGCCCACAUAAGGCUAAAAACAUCUGUCAUAAGAAUACAGAAUUUAUAACAAUUUAUACCAGUGUUACAAAUGAUCCGGGAAUGUAAUUUACCAAGUAAACACUGGUGUAAGAAUAAUGAGUGGUUAUGUAUGAUGUCAUUAUUGAAAAGUUAUUAUCUCAUAGUUAACUGAAGUAUAAUGCUAUACAAUUCUCCAUGUGAAAUGUCCAUAUCAAUCUGUAAGCUCUUCACCUUUAAAGGAAUAACAUCCUCUAAAACGGCAUGCAGCCUCUGCCAACUUUACUAACUAGGAGAUAUCAUUAUUGAAAUGUCAUCAUUUCAAUAUUUCACUAUUUUAUAAUCCUCUAAUACAGUUUGACAUUUAAGAACUGUUGAGUAAAAACCAGAACAUGUUUGGACAGUAAGAACUCUAACCUGCUCUUGUUACAUUCUACAAUAAGUUGAUCUACAUGACUGACUUAACCUCUUUGCCCCCUGGGGAACUGGAGGUCGAAGGUUAACCAUAAUCCAGCAUUCGUACUGUGUUAGCUCAUGUAAACCAUUAUAUACAUGCCAUGUACUGUAUGUCAUGUUUACAUUUAUUUACCAGCGACAUGAAUCCUUGUCUAUAUAGUUUUUUCCACAUGUGUAUAUUGAGGGAAAAACUCCACCCAAAAACGAUCUUUUGGUAUUUGUUUUAUUAGUCCAUUGUUGACAUAGUCCCAAAAGGUUUUGCUUGUCAGCACUCAAGUUUUCAAGAUAUGGAACUUUCAAAGUACAGAAAUCAUCCCUGUAUGAUGCAUUUUGCAUCAUAUGAUGCUGCAUUUUGCAUCAUAUGCAUCAUAAGCAGAUGAUUUCUGUAUUUUGAAAGUUCCAUAUCUUGAAAACUUGAGCGCUGACAAGCAAAACCUUUUGGGACUAUGUCAACAAUGGACUAAUAAAACAAAUACCAAAAUAUAGUUUUUGGGGUGGAGUUGUCCUUUAAUUAAGUCUUUUAAGUAUGAUUAUGUGAAGUAUACAUAAAGCAGGCACAUGCCAUGUAUUAAUCACACAAUGGUUACUUGAAGCAUUUCUCCUACAUGUGUUUGAUGUAGACAGAUAUAUGUAUGACAGUGUCAGAUGACCGUGACAUUUAUGACAAUGACAGAUCAGUGUAACACUUAGGCUAGGAUUCCGUGGUUGCACACAGCAUGCAACUAUAUCCACAUGCAUGUGUCACUGUUUAUUUUAACCCAUAAUGCUAUUUUAACCCAUAAUGCUCCAUAGAUCCAUUAUGUGAUGUCUCUGUAGGCUUUUGAAUGCUGAUUUGUAAUUACGCUCGAUGUACUACCGUCUGUGACUUCCUUGGCGAGGCUCUUCACGAAGCACAAAAUCUAAAUGGCUAACUUUGUCCUGUGCAAUGCCACACGCACAGUAACAAUUGUGACAUUGAAUGGUAUAACCUCAAAUCAUAUUGGCCUUUCAGAGUGAAUAUGGCUUUGGGUUGGCCAUCUGUACAAAAUGAAAUGGGGUUUUUGAAUGGGGUUUUGAAUAGGACUACUGUUCAUGCUUUACUCUCUGUGCCUGUGUGUUUUUCAGUUUUACAGUUUGGCUUCACCACCAUAUUUGUGGCAGCUUUCCCCCUGGCCCCGCUCCUGGCCCUCCUCAACAACAUCAUCGAGAUUCGCCUGGACGCCUACAAGUUUGUCACCCAGUGGCGGCGACCGCUGCCCACUCAAGCCAAAGACAUAGGUUAGGCUCAUCUUCCGCUCUGACCGUCCCCUACUGUAGGGCCAUUUUCAAAGGAACGCAAAACAUGCCGUAUAGACAUAAUUGUUUUACGCCAACACCGUGCCUCAGCUAUUUUCACUCAAUAGAACCCUAUUUUAUUCGUUUCAGCACAGACAACCAAUUUUAGCCGACUAGUCUUUUAUGCUUCAUACUUUUGGAAUCAUUUUCAAACCCCUUUGAGUAUUCUUUGAAGAAGUCCUGACAAAGGCUGCUUGUUGGUGAACCGUAAUAAAUCAUUUGCAUCGGAGCAAGAACAUUCUUUUAUUUUCUCUCCAGGGAUCUGGUACGGCAUCCUGGAGGGCAUCGGUAUCCUGUCCGUCAUCACCAAUGCCUUUGUCAUCGCCGUCACCUCCGACUUCAUCCCACGCCUUGUCUACGCAUACAAGUACGGCCCGUGUGCCGGGCAGGGCCGAGCCGGGGAGAGGUGAGUGAGCCAGACCACAGUGACCACACAGACAAAGUGUCUGCCUUUGACAUGUAUUAUGGUUAGUAAUAGAGGGCAGCGGCAUUGUCCUGCAUCACAAUGUCAAAGCACUGACAUUUUAUUGUUUCCUGUCCAGGUGCAUGAUGGGAUAUGUGAACGCCAGUCUAUCGAUGUUCAGAGUGUCUGAUUUUGAGAACAAGUCGGAGCCCAGGACAGAUGGAUCGGAGACAUUUGGAGAAGCAGUGAAGUACUGCAGGUAGGUUUGGUGACCAAAGAGAGUCUUGGUAUGGUUGGGCUUGUUUGAACAGAAAAGUCAUAACCUUUGACCUUUUGACCCUGUGUUUGACCCCCAGGUACCGUGACUACAGAGAGCCCCCAGACUCGCCCGGUGAACCAUACUCCUACACGCUGCAGUUCUGGCAUGUCCUGGCCGCACGGCUGGCCUUCAUCAUAGUCUUCGAGGUUAGUUUGUAAAAUUAAUUCUAUUAAACUCAGAUACCGCAUGCAAAACCAUAACAAUGUUCAGCCAAGAUUGCAUUCUGUAAUUACUGUACUAUUGUGCUUUUGUAGCACAUGGUUUUCACCAUCAAGAACCUGAUCGCCUACCUGAUCCCAGACCUGCCCAAGGACCUGCGGGACCGCAUGCGGCGGGAGAAGUACCUGAUCCAGGAGAUGAUGUACGAGGCUGAGCUAGAGAGACUGCAGAAGGAGAAGAACGAGAAGAAGAAGAAUUACAGGGCCAAUCAUAACGCGUUGCCCUGA